GUGUGAAGGGCUGGGCAAGGCAUUUCCCUCCCCAGCGUAAGGUGGCAAGCACCUCAGUGGAGACCUCUGCAGCAUCUUUUAGGGGGGGGAAAGAGCAAGCAACUCUCCUCAAUGAGUGCCGAGCUGUCCAAAGGGUCCGGCCUCUCCCCGCCCCCCUGCCUUUUGAAUAGGACAUCUGGCUCUUCCAACGCCAGCAGCACCUGCAUCACACAAAUGGGGCAGUUCUUCCAGUCCUUCUCGUCCACUUUUGUCUUAAUUGUCUUGGUCGCCCUCAUCUUCUGCCUGAUCCUUCUUUCCCUGAUCACCUUCCACGUUCACAAGAGGAAGAUGAAGAAGCGGAAAAUGCAGAAGGCACAAGAGGAGUAUGAACGGGACCACUGCAGCAGCACCAGCACCAGCACCAGCACCCAGGCAGGUGAUUCGUAUGAGAUACCCCAAGGAAAAGAAUCAUCCAGUUCAGGGGAAAUCGCCCAGGAUUCUAGUGUCCCCUCGGCUUCUGCCCCAGAACCACAGAAUCCCCAUCCAGAAAGAUCGCAUUUGGAAACAGAUACUCCUGGGCUCUUGCAAACAGUGGUACUGUCUUGAUUUUGUUGACUUCUUUUUGUGGGGACCUCGCCAAAAGACAUUGUUUUUGGUGUUUGUAUAUAUUUGAGUGGCUGUUAUUAUAAUCUUGAAGAUAAUGAUUACUAUUGCUAAAAUAUACAAAAGAACUAACCGACCCAUCAGUA